UUCUGGGGAGAACCAAGGGGUAUAAAGCCUGAUCAGGCUGUCCUCCCUGAUCCCUCUUCAAAGCCACCUCAUGUCCACAGGUGGGGUGGACCAGAGUGGCCGGGCCUUGCUGACCAUCACUCCACCAUGCCCUCCUAAGGAGCCUCCACCCACACAGGCAGAGAUGAGGACAGCUCUUUGUUACCUCCAUUCACUGCUCAGGUCCGACCUGAAGAUGCUGGGGUUGUCGGUCCUCCUAGACCUCCGGGGUGCUCCCUCACUACCCCCAGGACUACUUCCUGUUCUAAAUGACCUUCAGGAUUCCAAAGACCACCCUGUGAUACAGCGCCUGAUGAUUCUGACGGAGAAUGAGUCUCCCACUGAGCUCAACGAGCUUCAGAGUGCUGAAUUGCUAGCAGAAAGUGACCUACCUACUGUAGCCAAGCCUGAAGAGCUACAGAAAGACCUGGGGGGUAACAGGGACGCUUCUGCACAGCGCUGGACAGAAACACACCAGGAAGUAGCGAGGCUGUGCCACCUGUGCCGUGAGGUCCUGGGCUCUGUCCGGGAGGCCACGGAGGAGCUCGAGAGGGCUGUGGAGCCUCAGGGAGAGGUGGAGGUGGGAACCCCGGAUCCCCUGAGGAAGGUGCUGGCGGAUGCCCGGCUAGCAGAGCUGCAGAGGGACGGAGGAGCCAUUCUCAUGAGGCUCCGAGCAGCCCACAGCAGCCGGUUGGAGGGUCCAGGCCCAGCCAUUCUGUACCAGGAAGUGGAUGAAGCCAUUCACCAGCUCGUGCGCCUGUCCAACCUCUACCUACAGAGGCAGGAGAACCAGCGAAGGCAGCACCAGCUCCUCCAGGUGCUGCAGUGGCUUUCUGGCCCCGGAGAAGAGCAGCUGAUGAGCUUUACUGAGCUUGGAGACUCCCUCCCUGCCCUGCAGGAGACAGAGAUCCGUUUCCAAGCCUUCAGUACUGAAGCCCAGGAGCAGCUGGCCCAGGCUCGGGAGGCCUUGACCCUGGAGGAGGACCCAACCACCCAGCAGGCCCUGGAUGACUUUGAGCAGCGACUGGAACAAGUAGAGAGCAGCCUCCAUCGGGCUCUCCGGCUACACCGUUUCUUUCAACAGGCGCAUGAGUGGGUGGACGAGGGAACAGCAAAAUUAGCAAGCACGGGACCAGGUAGGGAGGCUGUCCUAGCAGCCUUGGCCCCCGUGCCUAGUGCAGGCACCUUCCAAGAAAUGCGGGCGCUGGCCCUGGAACUGGGCAGCCCGGCGGCACUCCGAGAGUGGGGCCGCUGCCAUGCCCGAUGCCUGGAACUGGAGAGGAGGGUUCAAGAGUUUCUGGGAGAUGAAACAAGUCCACAAGGCCGAUGCCGGCGUCGGGCUGACAGCACAAGCAGCGGAGGAGGCAGACAGGGCCCGCUCAGCCCGUCCCGAAGUCUCUGCUCUUUGCUGCUCCCCAAUAGCCCUGGGCCCCGACCGGCUCCUUCUCACUGUUCUCUGGCACCCUGUGGGGAAGACAGUGAGGAAGAGACCCCAGAACUUGCUCCUGAGGCCCAGGGCAAGCCACGGCCUGGAACCACCAGAGCCGUAUUGAUCCGGGGACUCGAGGUCAGCAGCACCGAAGUGGUAGACAGGACCUGCUCCCCGAGGGAACACGUACUGCUAGGCCGAGCUGGAGUCCCUGAUGGGCCCUGGGGGGUUGGCACCCCUCGGAUGGAGCGCAAAAGAAGCAUCAGCGCUCAGCAGCGGCUGGUGUCAGAGCUGAUCUCUUGUGAGCAGGAGUACGUAACGGUGCUGGGGGAGCCGGUGCCCACGCCAGGACCCGAGCUGACGGCGGACCUCCGAGCUGAUUGGGCCGCAGCCCUGGCUGCCCGCGAUCGCCUCAGAAACUUCCACCGUGGGCAUUUCCUCCGGGAGCUACAGGGCUGUACUUCACACCCUCUUCGAGUGGGAGCUUGUUUCCUGAGACAUGGGGACCAGUUCAAUUUGUAUGCUCAGUAUUUGAAACACCGGCUUAAACUGGAAGCUGGCCUGGCUGCGUUCAACCCCCCUAACAAAGGCUCCACAGAAGGCGGCCCCUACCUGCCCCGGAUCCUACAGCAACCUCUGGAACAGUUAGCUCGAUAUGGGAAACUCUUGGAGGAGCUGCUGAAAGAAACCGGGACUGAGCCAAGUUCUGAACGCCAAGCUCUGGCGGCUGCCCUGCAGCUGCUAAGGGACCAAGAGGACAGAGGCCGAGAUCUGUUGGCUGUCGAGGCUGUACGUGGCUGUGAGGUGGAUCUAAAGGAGCAAGGGCAACUAUUGCACCGGGAUCCAUUCACCGUCUUCUGUGGGAGGAGAAAAUGUCUUCGCCAUGUCUUCCUCUUUGAACAUCUCCUCCUUUUCAGCAAACUCAAGAGCCCAGAGGGUGGAUCUGAAGUUUUUGUUUACAAGCAGGCCUUCAAGACUGCCGACAUGGGGCUGACUGAGAACAUUGGGGACAGUGGGCUCUGUUUUGAGCUAUGGUUCCGAAGACGACGUUCCCGGGAAGCAUACACCCUUCAGGCCCCCUCAUCUGAGAUCAAACACAAGUGGACAAGUUCUAUUGCCCAGCUGCUCUGGAGACAAGCAGCCCACAACAAGGAGCUUCGAGUGCAACAGAUGGUAUCCAUGGGUAUUGGAAACAAACCUUUUUUGGACAUCAAAGCCCUUGGGGAGAGGACCCUGAGUGCCCUGCUCACAGGGAGAGCUGCCCGAACCCGGGCCUCCGUGGCUGUCUCUUCUUUUGAGCAUGCUGGCCCCUCCCUACCCUGUCUCUCCCCGGGAGCCUGCUCCCUGCCCGCCCGCGUCGAGGAGGAGGCCUGGGACCUGGACAUCAAGCAGAUCUCCCUGGCACCCGAAUCACCUGACUCUUCUGGAGAAGUGUCCCCAGGAGCAAGGAGCAGUCCCAGCCUGCAGCCCCCCAGCCUUGGGAACAGCACCCCUAUCACGCCAAGUGUUGGGAUCUUGGGGUUUGGCCGUCCGAGCCAUUCUCGAGCCCCAAGUGAUCCCACCACCCCUCUGUGACUCUGGAGCUCUGGGAGUAGCAACUCAACAGGAGCACCACCUUUGAAGCACAUGAUGGGUUUGGGGUAGAGGCAUAAGAGAAUGUCAUGCCACUUCCUUUCAUUUUAUUUUCUAGGGGAAAGGGGUUAAGGGAUCAGUGCAUUAUUAUACUGCCUCCCUCACUCCUGCCUCUUCCUAGCUUGGUGCCUUUGCCCACAGGACCCCAAGGGACCGUAUCUUCACUCACCACUGAAAUCCUGCAAUAGAAGAAAUCCUCCCUUUUCCCUUUCUUCCCCAAUCCUAACUCAUCAUUUCCUAGGAAAUACAUCAUUGCACAUGCCCAGGGGGGUCACUCCCAGUACUCUCCGUCCACACCUUCAUUUUUCUUCCACCAUCUUACUCCUCCCUAAAGGAAUUCAUCUCUGCCAGGCAAACUGGAGUAUUCUGGGAACUGGACCAUCAGAGGAGACAGAACUAUGCAAAUUGUGGUGGGAUGGAGG